AAAACCCAUCCCUUCUUUCCAGUCCCGAAUCCUCCUCCUUACAUUUCUGUAGUUCGAUCUCCCACCCAUGGGAACUUUGGAGGUGGAAUCACUAAACACCACCACCACCACCACCGCCACCAACAACCACCACCAAAAAUAUGAAGACGAGGAUGACUCGCCCAUUGAAGAAGUCCGGCUAACUGUGACCAACUAUGACGACCCAACCCUACCCGUAUGGACCUUCCGGAUGUGGUUGUUGGGCCUGCUAUCAUGUGCUCUACUAUCGUUUCUCAACCAGUUCUUCUCUUACAGGACAGAGCCACUGAUUAUAUCCCAGAUUACGGUCCAAGUGGCCAGUCUGCCUAUUGGACACUUCAUGGCCGCCGUCUUACCGGAAAAAAAGUUCCGUUUACCGGGGUUUGGGCAGAGGUUGUUCUCGUUCAAUCCAGGCCCAUUUAACAUGAAGGAGCAUGUCCUCAUCACCAUCUUUGCUAAUGCUGGUGCUGCAUUUGGGAAUGGUUCAGCUUAUGCGGUUGGCAUUAUCAAUAUUAUCAUAGCCUUUUACAAGAGGAAGAUAUCCUUUUUGGCUGGUUGGCUACUCAUUAUCACCACGCAGGUAUUAGGCUAUGGGUGGGCUGGACUGCUGAGGAAAUAUGUGGUGGAGCCAGCCCACAUGUGGUGGCCCAACACCCUUGUGCAAGUUUCACUGUUCCGGGCCUUGCAUGAAAAAGAUGAGCAGCGCAUGACGAGGGCAAAAUUCUUCCUAGUUGCACUGAUCUGCAGCUUUUCUUGGUACCUGUUCCCGGGAUACCUCUUCACAACACUCUCCAGCAUCUCAUGGGUCUGUUGGGUAUUCUCCAAGUCAGUCACUGCCCAGCAAAUAGGUUCUGGUAUGAGGGGCCUUGGUAUAGGAGCAUUAACACUGGAUUGGUCUGUUGUUGCAUCCUUCCUGUUCAGCCCCCUAAUUAGUCCUUUCUUUUCCAUUGUCAACAUUCUCGUGGGGUAUGUGUUGAUACUCUACAUAGUCAUCCCCGUUGCCUACUGGGGCCUUGACUUGUACAGUGCUAAAAGAUUUCCCAUUUUCUCAUCACACUUGUUCACAGACAAAGGUCAAAAGUAUGACAUAGUAGCGAUAGUAAAUGACAACUUUGAGCUCGAUUUGAACAAGUACGAGGAGCAAGGAAGGAUACAUCUGAGCAUGUUCUUUGCUCUAACUUAUGGUUUUGGUUUUGCCACUAUCGCAUCCACUCUUACACAUGUGGGUUUCUUUUAUGGAAGGGAAAUUUAUGAAAGAUUCCGUGCUUCGUACAAAGAAAAGGAGGAUAUACACACGAGACUAAUGAGGAGAUACAAGGACAUACCUUCAUGGUGGUUUCAUGUCUUGCUCGUUAUAACGUUAUUAGUCUCGCUAAUACUCUGCAUUUUCUUGAACAAACAAGUUCAGAUGCCAUGGUGGGGUCUCCUCUUUGCUAGUGUCUUGGCCUUUGUCUUCACGCUUCCAAUCAGCAUCAUAACUGCCACCACAAACCAGACUCCUGGCCUGAACAUAAUCACAGAGUACAUAAUGGGUAUAAUAUAUCCAGGAAGACCGAUUGCCAAUGUUUGCUUUAAAGUUUAUGGUUACAUGAGCAUGGCCCAGGCAGUCUCAUUCCUCAGCGAUUUCAAGCUGGGCCACUACAUGAAGAUUCCCCCGCGAUCAAUGUUUCUAGUCCAGUUCAUAGGAACAAUUGUAGCAGGCACCAUCAACGUAUCUGUGGCGUGGUGGCUGCUGCACUCCAUUAAGAACAUCUGCCAGGAUGACCUCCUUCCACAAGAUAGUCCAUGGACAUGCCCUGGGGACCGGGUGUUCUUUGAUGCAUCUGUCAUAUGGGGUUUGGUUGGACCUAAAAGGAUUUUUGGAACUCAAGGAAACUACACUGAAAUGAAUUGGUUUUUUCUUGGAGGGGCCCUGGGACCUAUUAUAGUUUGGCUCUUCCACAAGGCAUUUCCAAAGCAGUCUUGGAUUCCUCUAAUUAACCUCCCAGUCCUUUUGGGAGCAACAGGUGCCAUGCCCCCAGCAACACCAUUAAAUUACAAUGCCUGGAUCAUAGUCGGAACCAUUUUCAACUUUUUUGUCUUCCGUUACCGAAAGCAGUGGUGGCAAAGGUACAAUUACAUUCUUUCAGCAGCUCUGGAUGCUGGUGUAGCUUUCAUGGCUGUGCUGCUAUACUUCACAGUGGGAAUGGAGAAUAGAGAAGUUACUUGGUGGGGUACAAAGGGGGAACAGUGUGAUUUGGCAACAUGUCCAACAGCCAAAGGCAUAACUGUUGAUGGUUGUCCAGUGCGCUAAUGGAUAAAUGAUUACAAACAUCAUCUCUGCUUGUGGUCUCGAAAAUUUGCAGAACACACUAUGUGGAUGGUUGGAUUCUUCAUUUACAGAGAAGACCUUAGAUAUCUAAUAUUUUGUACACAAGCUAUUUAUUCAACACUCUGAUGUUAAACAUCCUCCAAGAAAUGUCAAAGGCCACAUCAAUUCUUAUUUAGUAGGAGAAAUAUGUUAUUCA